UCUGAAGACGUUGACGUUGUUGUUUCUGCAGCGACUGGUUCAACCGACUACCAUUGCACGAGCAGCCGUCAAUUGAAUACCGUCAGGAAUCCCGCCGCCACCAUGGCCGUUUUCGACAGCAAAAAGUUCAAGUCGUCCGUCGACACAAACAACUUCGCCGCGAGGUACCGAGCCAUGAUGGCGAAACGCCCCUUCUUGCUCUUCGGUCUGCCUUUCGUCGCCGUCAUGGUCGCCGGCUCCUUCGUCCUGACCCCCGCGACGGCCAUCCGCUACGAAAAGCACGACAGAAGGGUGCGCCAGAUGACGAGGGACGAGGAGCUGAGCAUGCGGCGGUCGGCGCGCAAGGUCGACAUGAAGGAGGAGUACUACCGUCUCGCGGCCAAGGACAUCGACAACUGGGAGCAGAAGCGUGUGAAGCGUUUCAAGGGCGAGCACGACGGCAUCAUCGAGUAG